CGGGUGACUCGGCGAUUCGCUCGUCCGCGGGGUGACCGGAGAAGAUGGCGACGUCCGAGGAGGAGGGCGAGGACGAGCCGAGAGGGUGACGCGCCAAGGUGCGUGGACUGGACUCGGAGCUCCCCGGAGAAGGCGGGCCCCGCCUAACCUCCGGGCAACCGGCGGAAUCUAAUCGGCGCGACCGAUAAGGGGUUCCGGGCGACGUCGGGCAUCGUCGGGCGGCGUCGGGCGGUUCCGGGCCGCGUCGGGGAUGCCCUCGGAGCGCCGCCCCCCGGUAGUCCCAGUCGGCGUCGGGCGCAGCGCGAAGGCGGAUGGGCGCCGGGCGAAGGGCCGGCGGAGCCGGCGCGAGGGGCGGCGCGGGCGUCCAGAAGGACCGCGCCAACAUGUCGUUCGUCUUCGUCGUCAUGUUCUUCGCGGUCUUCGGCCUGAUCGUCCUGACGGAGAUGUUCCUGAUCGACGAGCGGCGCGGCGCGGGCGGCAUAGGGGGAGGUCGCAGGGUCGGGCACCGGUUCUCGGGAGCCGGAGGGGUGCCCGAUCGGGCGGACUACGAGGAGAUCGGGGUGAGUGUCCCGGACCUACGACGCUCUCUGGGGAGAGGACGUCGACUGAUCCUGCAUCCGUUGCAGGUGGAGGACUACGCGGUACCGAGGGUAGGAGGAGCGGCGCGACCGGGGCCCAGCCUGCCUCCCGGCCUGGAGGCGCGACUGCCGCCUCUGGACCCGGGGCUCGCCGCCACGCACGCCGAGUGGCUGCCCGUCACCAACACUCGCUUCAAGUUCUUCGUCUACUCGGCGUACUUCGACGACCGGGUCGGCGCUGGCCCGGGGCUCGUCCGGGUGAUCGGCGCCACCAGAACCAGGGGCCCCGAGCGAGUCUGGUGCCGAUUCUGGUACCGCCGCGACGGCAACGCCACCGCCUCUCUGACGGUGGCGGCCAAGGUCAAGGUCAUCCGGGAGAACUGGAACCUGAAGUACAGCGCGUGCUUCGUCAUCUGCCCGCUACCGAGGAACCCGCCCACGAGGGAGCGCGUCCCGAGGGCCGUCAGCGUGGUCGCCAGACUCAAGGCGGCCCCGGCCAACCGCCUCCUGGUGCGGAACCGACCCGAGUUCCGGCCCAAGACGAGGCAGCCCCUCGCCGUGUGCGUCAAGCCGCUGCACUACGACUACAACAGGGUGCUGCAGCUGGUCGAGUUCAUCGAGCUGCACCGGCUGCUGGGAGCGACACACGUCACCCUCUACAACGACACCGUGGGCACCGAGGCCGGCUGCGUCCUCGGGGACUACGAGGCCAAGGGCCUGGUCACGAUUCUCCCGUGGCACCGGCUGGACAUGAUCUCCCAGACGGAAAUCCGCACCGAGGGCCUCUUCGCCGCCCUCAACGACUGCCUCUACCGCUCCAUGUACGAGUACGAGUACGUCGCGCUUCUCGACCUCGACGAGUUCAUCGUGCCCAGGCACAACGACACCAUCCUCGACCUGAUCAGGUGGAUGGGCGAGCGCGUCAACGUCAAGUCGACGGGGGCCUUUUCCUUCCAGAACGCUUUCUUCUAUCUCCAGUGGAACGACGACUCCGCCGUGAUCAAGAGUCGGUCCAGGGCCGAGGCCGGACUCGUCACCCUCAGGAAGACCCGGAGACGCGCCAAUCUGCACCCCCACAAGCAGCGCUCCAAGUACGUUUGCCGGCCCGAGGACGUCGUCGAGGCCGGGAACCACUUCGUCUGGGAGUUCAUCCCCGGCCACGGGACCCUCAACGUCCCCUCCAAGUCGGCGAUCCUCCAUCAUUACCGGGUCUGCGAGUUCGGGGGCAACGACUGCGUAAAGACGGAGUCGGUCGUCGACCGGAGGGCCUACAAGUACCGGGACCGACUGGCCCGCAACGUCGACGGGGUCUGGACCGAGCUCGCCGAGAAGUGCUCGCUUCCGGAGCUGGACCCCGUCCCGACGCCCGCUCCCGCCCCGGACCCCACCCCCAGGACCGCCAGGUAGCGGACGGUCAACGAUCUCCUCAGGGAAUUCGCCAACUUGACCGGCACCCCCAGGGUCGCCAGGACCUACUUCUACAGCUACAACGGGCCCUGAGGAUCGCGAAGAUGCGGAGAACUCAAGGAUUCUCCAAAAUUCUUCCCCGACGCCGACCAACGGACCCGACUCGGUCGGUACUCGAUUGGAACCGGAACGGUCCAAGGA